AGAAGAAAAGGAGUGUCCGAGUCCAGGUGAAAUGAAAAUUCAUUUUUCAAGUAUUUUGGUUAGUAUUUGUUUGUUUCAGAAAAUUUACGUUUUCACAUCCCUUGCUGUACCAUGUAAGCAGCCAAAAUUGAUGAAUUUCUGGUUGUCAAGUUUUUCCUUUCCUUCUAGUGGCACCUCCUGAACCGCUCAUGUCUUGCAAGGAGAUUUAUGAUGCGACCGGGUAAAUACGCUCAAUUUUUCGUGUGAAAUCAUUGCGAAAAAAAUUAGGUACAACGGUACUCCUGCAUUUUGACACACUACCCACAAGCGGACGCUUUUUUUCAGGUCAAAAGAGAACAAGGCAUACAUGAUCGAUUUGAACGGCUGCAGGAAGCUGCCUGUUUACUGCAACAUGGAUGGCGCAGGUCUUGGCGACUGUGGAGGCGGUGGGUGGACACUGGUCAUGAAGAUUAAUGGUGCAGAGGUAUCCACAAAGUUGAUAUUGCUCAUUAGGUUAACCUCCCGCGUAGUUCGGCUGUCUUCUCAUUAGUAUGGUUAAAUGAGGAAAAAUUGAAGUUGCAUUUAAAUGAGAAAUAGUUUUGCUCUUUUGUCUCCUCUUGUAACAAAGGUUUAAAUACGAUUCACCGCUUUGGACGAACAGGAGAGAAUACGGCCUUCCUGAAGGGGAGUCUGGCUUGGAUGACCAAGAGACCAAGUUACCAACCUACUGGAACACAGUAGGUUGGAAUCGUGGGUAACAAUGAAAACGCUUGCACGUCCAGCGAUUCCCGAAUCGGGUUUGGUACCGUUGGAUACCCAGACAAUACCAACUCUGUGGUAACGUGGCCAAGCACGGUGGAGAUAAUGGCGAUAAAUUCAUCAAAGCCAUGGGAUACAUCUUCGUUCAGUAGGAACAGUUAAACUUCAAGCAGUAGGGGCCUAAGCUAUUGGCUGCUGAGCAUAGUUAAUAGGAGCACAUGCACGCUAAAAGGUGUCAUUGCCGAAAAAAGUAAUAAAAUGGAUUGGAU